GCGUUCAGCAGUCACCCCUGUACUGCAACGUUGACUUCUUGGAGGCUUGGAAUGACCUGUCGCCUGGAAUUACGCCGCUCGCCAUCUCCAUGGGCAUCACAUUUGGCAACAUGCCAUAUGCUCUCGAUGAUGGCAAGUAAUAACUAUGUCUCUUUAUUACCUCUUUAUGCAUCAACCAUCUGUUUUGUUUAAAUUCUGGUCUGUCAUGAUUGUCAGUGAUCAAUGUGUGUUGCGAUAUUUACUGACAUUCCUACUGUCUUACCUGCAGGUGAUCUGUACAACGCGCUCUUGCUCAAUGUCAUUUUGGGUGUGGCUGAUGGGGCCCCUGUGGAUGGCUACCAGUGUCCAUUGGAGUUCAUCACCCAGGGGAAUACCAUAUCUCCAGUUCAUCAUCACCUUGCUUUGAUGGCCAGGCGAAGAUGGCCCUGCAUUACUUUCAUGAGUCGGGGCACUUUGUCCAACCCUACCGAGCGAGGAAGAUACCAUCUUGUGUGCCCCGGAGACAAUGUAUACUGCCUAGGGCAGUGCUCUGGCCCAAGGGCAUUGCGUGUCUGGUAUUAUGCAUUCCUUGGGAUGACACGGAAGCCUGGUUGUGUAGUUGUGGUUCCUCCAGAACUCUGCAGACUCGUACAGUUCCUGUGUCAUACUUUCACAUCUAGAGACAUCUGUCCCCUGACUGGCCUCAACGUUCGCACUGACACAGUCCUGGCAUCUGUGUCGUGUAAUCUUUACAGGGCCGCAGCUGAUGCCCAGGUUGUUGCGAAGAGACUGGACUUUUAAUUACGUAAU